AUGACUCACCAAACCCAUGCUUAUCAUAUAGUUAAUCCUAGCCCUUGACCACUUACAGGGGCUCUUUCAGCACUUCUACUCACUUCAGGCCUUGCGAUUUGAUUCCACUAUAACUCUCCCCUCUUACUUCUUAUUGGCUUGACAACUAAUCUACUAACUAUAUAUCAAUGAUGACGUGAUAUCAUUCGAGAAAGCACCUUUCAAGGUCAUCAUACACCUUUUGUCCAAAAGGGUCUACGCUAUGGAAUAAUCCUCUUUAUUAUCUCUGAAGUAUUCUUUUUCGCCGGCUUCUUCUGAGCUUUCUACCAUUCAAGUUUAGCCCCAACACCAGAGUUAGGUGGCUGCUGGCCCCCUACCGGAAUUACUCCCCUUAACCCCCUGGAAGUCCCUCUAUUAAACACCGCUAUUCUCCUGGCCUCCGGAGUUACUAUCACCUGAGCCCAUCACAGCCUUAUAGAAGGUAACCGAAAACAAAUAAUUCAAGCACUAUCUAUCACAAUCGCCCUAGGUAUUUACUUCACUCUUCUUCAAGCCUCAGAGUACUAUGAAACCCCUUUUACUAUUUCUGAUGGAGUCUACGGCUCAACAUUUUUUGUAGCCACAGGUUUUCAUGGACUUCAUGUUAUUAUUGGCUCUACGUUCCUCAUUGUUUGCCUUCUACGUCAAGUAAUGUUCCACUUCACCUCUAAACACCACUUUGGGUUUGAGGCUGCCGCUUGAUACUGACAUUUUGUUGAUGUGGUAUGACUAUUCCUCUAUGUCUCAAUCUAUUGAUGAGGAUCUU